AUGCAAUAUGCACUCGCAUGCGAAGACCUAUGGUGCCACGUUAAUACGAAUCCCGAUCCUAUGGACAUUCUCGGUCUUCCUUCUGUCCUGCCCGUCCCUGUUGAUCCAGCAAAUGUCACCGCUGCUGAGCAGACACUUAUGCAUGAAUGGCUCCUAAACAACAUUAAAGCCAAGGAUCUCAUUACACAUCACAUCAGUCCAUCUGUAGGAGUGCUGGUAUUGCGAGCACACACAGUCACAUCCCGUAUGGUGUGGCAGAUACUCACGGAGCGUUUCGACUGCAUGGACACCCACUCGGCCGAUGCCACUGAUUAUGUUGGUCAAUAUGCAGUGCUUUGCAAGCGCCUUUGUGACUCCGGGGCUGCUCUUCGUGAUAGUGACGCCAUCUACAGCUUGUUAAUUGGACUUCCGCAGAUGCCUAUAUGGCAACAAUUUAAGUCAAUGCUUGAACAGUGUAUGCAUGACGAAGUCAUGAUGGCAGCAGCGGGCACAGCCUCAAUCUUCACAGUCGAAAGCUGUAUCUCUUGCAUCACAGCUGAGGCUGCACAAUACGUACAUACUAAGGCCAUUCAUUCAAGACCAGGUUCUGAGUAUGCUAAUGCAGCCUCCUCCAAUUCAACCACCCCCAGUACCAAUCCAAUCACCGGUCUCUGCAAGCACCGUCACAAUCCAGACAGUGUCUUUUGCACCAUGCCUGGUUGUCAUAAAGGCAACCACGAUCAUGCACAUUGUUAUGGUAAGGGGGGUGGAAUGGAGGGGCAAGCGCCCUGGUUGAAGAAUAAGAGGAGAGAGACAGCUGUUGCAGCGGCUGCGACCACCUCUGCCCCCACACCUACUCCUGCUCCUGCAGCGCCUGCUAUCGCAGCAGCAGUGACUGGACUUAGCAGUUUGAUGGCUGACAUGUCCUUCACAUCAGUCUCUGAAAUUGUCGAUGAUGUAUCCUGCCUCACCUCCCUGCCAUUCUCUACCAUACUCGACUCCGGGAUGACUGUAACUCUCGUCAAGGACAAGAGGCUUUUCCACACCUACACAAUGGAGGUAUUGGUCCCUGUUCGCACUGCAAACCACGGGACACUGGAGACGACCAGAUGA